UGGUCAAUUAGAAUCAAAUUGGCCAAUCAGACUUUCGGAUGGAUGGCACACUAUCGCACGUGUAAUUAUUUUCAAAAUGGCGACCGCCAGGCUGACUUAUGUUCCUUUGGAAGAAGACGGAUUACAGCCCAUCUUAGUUCAGUUUACAAAUGGUUGCCUAACAGCAGACAAGAAGGGAAAGAGGAAAGAUGGACUCAAGUUUUCUUACUAUCGAUGGGCAGAUAAAGCAGACAGAAGAAAAAAGCAACGCAGAACUUUGGUUGCAAAAUCAGAAAAGAUGGAAUACAAUGGUCAGAACUUUGGUCAAUUUUCAAGAGCAAGUAGUCUGUGCAAAUACCUGGUUGGUGUCCAUGAUACGUCGACUGGUGACAUGAAUGUGUAUGAUGCUCAAAUGUUUACGCUCCAGCCAAAGAUCCUAGAGACAGCUGCAGCUACAGAACAAGAGGAUUCCAAGAAAGAUAUGUCAUAUCUGGAAAAGAAUGAUCGUCUCACUGAGGCAUUUGGAAGCAACAAAAAGAAGCGAGCCAUGGUCUCACGUCAGAAGAACAUGAUAGAAGAGGAUGUACUUGAUACUACAGUUGUCAAUGCAGUCAAAGGCUCACUGAAUGCGUCAUUCACUGAAAUGGAAGAGCCAGAACAGUCAUCAAGUAUUCCUCCCUAUAAUCAGAAUGCACUUGAGCCCUCAGAUGUCUACAGAUUGGAUAAUAUAAUAACUCCUCCAGAAUAUGAGACUAUUAGAGGACCAGCAAAGGAACUGGAAGCUUCUAAGAGAGACACCAUUGACGAAUGGAGACAACAAUCUAGGUUCCCUGAGUACAUCUUGCAUCAUGCUGCUGUGAUGCCGAUGGAUCCAGAACAGAGAGCCCAUAAAUCAUGUCUCCUGCUCUACCUGUCAUACAUGAUAACACUGUAUCACCUCAAUUACAAGGCUAUUAAUAAGAAAGAUGUGCUUAGCAAUGUGCCUGACAUGAUAAAGAACAAGUUGCUAAGAAUGUUCACUUUGGAAAAUCCUCAGCGUCGUGGCAAUAGGCUUGUACCCAAAAGGCUGAAAGACAGGCUACUUUCCUACAUACUUGUGUUGGCUCUCAUUAUCGAUGACUUCAUUGUGGACUGUAAUUCAAUUGGAAAGUCUCUGAAAAUGGAUCCUAAAAAGGUGGCCAAUCAUAUGCGAGUAUUGGGGUGCUCAGUAGACAGCGCUGGAACAGGGAGGAAGAGGAAAGUUGACGGGGAGACAGCAGCAGCUGAUACACGGACUGCUUCACUUGUUACUCCACUGCCUCCUAAUUUCCCUAACAUCUAAUAAAUAGCUGUCAUCGCCUUGCAUGGGAUUGACUUUUUUGUUAAGAGGGAUUUUUUUUACGGUAACUGGCAUGCUGGAUAUUUGUCAUGUAGUGUUUUUUUUCUUUUCUCAAAAAUUCAUUGUCGGCCUGGUUAUUUUGAUAAGUACCAAAGGGUAAAAUAAGAAAGGGAAGAGGGGAGGAUUAGAGGUAAGAGAAGUUGUAUUUGUUGAUAACGUUCAGAAGGAAGCAGUUUUAGAGCUAAGUGGAUAUUCUAGCUCAAGACAUCCACUGGAUAAACCUUUUUUUGUGCUUCUCGUUUUUUUUAUUGUUUUAAAUACAAGCAGACGCGUACAAUAA